UAGGCGCACCAGCAUCCGUCACGUCACCACAAACACGCGCACAGAGGAGGCAGUGUGUGCAGAGCAGCGGAGACUCCCAGGUGCCAAACACACACGCACACACACGCGCGCGCACACACUCUUUCCUCUGUCUGGAGGAGGAACGACGGAGCCGAAAAAAAAAAACCUUCCGGAAUAAUUUGGAAACAUCGAAACAGGGAAGUUGGGACUCGAGCGCGUGAGCUUUCAGCGGUUGUGUAAAAAAAAAAAGAAAAAAAAAGUGAGCAGCAUGUUCAGCUGGGUGAAGCAGGAGCAAGGUGGCCGCAACAAGGACGGAGAGAUGUACCAGACGGUCACGGAGGGGCUGCAGAGCCUCUACCUCAAGAAGCUGCUGCCGCUGGAGGAGACCUACCUCUUCCACGACUUCCACUCCCCGGCCCUGGAGGCCGCCGACUUCCAGAGCAAGCCCAUGGUGCUGCUGGUCGGCCAGUACUCCACCGGAAAAACCACCUUCAUCAGGUACCUGUUGGAGCAGGAUUUCCCGGGCAUGCGGAUCGGUCCGGAGCCGACCACCGACGGCUUCAUCGCCGUGAUGCACGGCGAGAACGAGGGCAUCAUCCCCGGCAACGCUCUGGUGGUCGACCCCAGGAAGCCCUUCAGGAAGCUCAACGCGUUUGGAAACUCCUUCCUCAACAGGUUCAUCUGCUCUCAGAUGCCCAAUCAGGUUCUCCAGAGCAUCAGCAUCAUCGACACUCCCGGCAUCCUGUCUGGAGAGAAACAGCGAAUCAGCAGAGGUUAUGACUUUGCGGAGGUCCUGCGUUGGUUCGGGGAGCGAGUGGAUCGGAUCAUUCUGCUGUUCGACGCUCACAAACUGGACAUUUCAGACGAGUUCUCCGAAGCCAUCCGAGCCUUCAAAGGGCAAGACGACAAGAUCCGAGUCGUCCUCAACAAGGCCGACCAGGUGGACACGCAGCAGCUGAUGAGGGUGUAUGGCGCCCUCAUGUGGUCACUGGGAAAAGUGAUCAACACGCCAGAGGUGGUGAGAGUUUAUCUGGGAUCCUUCUGGGGCAAACCGCUGCAGAACACGGAGAACAGGCGUCUAUUUGAGGCGGAGUCUCAGGACCUGUUCAAGGACAUCCAGAGUCUCCCGAGAAACGCGGCGCUCCGUAAACUCAACGACCUCAUCAAGAGAGCGAGGCUGGCCAAGGUGCACGCUUACAUCAUCAGCUACCUGAAGAAGGAGAUGCCGUCUCUCUUUGGCCGUGAGAAGAAGAAGGAGGAGCUUAUCUCGAGGCUUCCAGAGAUCUACUGCAUCCUGCAGAGGGAGCACCACAUCAGCCCCGGAGACUUCCCCAACGUCACCAAGAUGCAGGACAUGCUGCAGCACUACGACUUCAACAAGUUCCCGUCCCUGAAGAUAAAGCUGAUCGAGUCGGUGGACAAGAUGUUGGCCACGAAGAUCGCCGGUCUGAUGUCGAUGAUCCGGGACGAGGAGUCCAAGGCGCCGCCGGCGAUGGUGUCCGGCGGCGCCUUCGAGGGCUCCCAGGACGGGCCCUUCGGCCGGGGCUACGGCGAGGGCGUCAGCGCCGGGGCGGACGCCGAGGACUGGAUCGUCAGCCGCGAGAAGCACCGCUACGACGAGCUCUUCUACAUGCUGAUGCCCGUCAACGGCAAGAUCACCGGCGUCAACGCCAAGAAGGAGAUGAUGAACUCGCGGCUGCCCAACACCGUGCUGGGGAAGAUCUGGAAGCUGGCCGACUGCGACCAGGACGGCAUGCUGGACGACGAGGAGUUCGCGCUCGCGCAGCACCUCAUCAAGAUCAAGCUGGAGGGCUUCGAGCUGCCCGGCGAGCUGCCCGACCACCUGGUGCCCCCGGCACACCGCAAGAACCCCACCGCCGACGCCCUGUACAACCACAGCGAGGACUAGAGUGUACCACGGGUUUCUGCUGCUGAUCAGACUCACUGGAGAACCAAUCAGCUGACAGACGGUCAGUUUUAGGAUUUACUCGCCACCAACACGGAUCAACUCAUACACAUAAAUAUAUAUAUAUAUAUAUAUAUAUAUAUAUAUAUAUGUGUGUGUGUGUUCAAUUUCAUUUCAACAAAGAAGUAAAAAGGAAAAAAAACGCAGCUUCUCCUCUUGCCUUUUAAUCUGGGGACUUUUAUUUUGAAGAAAAGGACACUGUGUCUAAAAGACAUUUUAACUUCCUGCCUUAAUCUUUUUCCGUCGUAAUCCUCCUCUGAGUGUCUCGGUGACUUAUUCAAUAUUUGGAGGCAACAAAAUAUAAAAUAUCCCACAGGAAGAAGCGUUGACCUUCAGAAUAAAAGUGUGAGCGGUUUAUAUAGUGUCUUCUUUAAUAAUCAGUGUCAGAAUAAUACAAUAUUAUAACAAGUUUCCUGAACAUAACGGAGUAUAAACUAGUUCUGUUUGGUUAUAAUGUGUAGUUUGUGUGUGCGGAUAAAACGGCGUUAAAUUGCGUCAUAUUUUUACUGAAUUAUGAUUAUUAUUAUUUGCCGCUUUUAUUCUGAAGGCCAGGAAGCUUUAUUUUAAAGUGUACCGUGUGACUGUGCAAGACGUGAUGUUCGCCCUCAACCGGGUGAGAUAUGAACUGAUCUGAGGACGACGUUUUGUACUGAAACGAGUUUUUUUCGAUUUCCUCGCUCCGAAAAUAUAAUGAGAAAACAAGUUUAUAUUUAUAUAUAUAUAUAUAUAUAUAUAUAUAUAUAUAUAUAUAUAUAUAUAUAUAUAUAUAUAUAUAUAUAUCCACAAAGUGUCAUCGUUUCAUUUCCUGUCGAUGGACUUUCAGAAUAAAAGAUGAAUAACACUUGAAGCUGACGUCACCAGUCGUCUUUACGUCCACACGUUUGAGAACAGGAAGCAGUUACUGUCCGUCUGACGGGUUCAGAGUUAGUCCAGAUCCAGGACGCCAGAGUUUCCUCAGGUCGUCAGAGGUCAAAGGUCAGAGUCUGUCCUGUUUGAACAGCGCCAGGCGGAGACGACGGCCGCCGCCAGUUCUCCUGGGACGACUUCACGACGUCCUGCAGUCCACCGUUUGUGUUUCCUUACAUUGUAACGGUGACCUUUGACCUCUGCCCACUGCUGAUGGAAACGGCUUCAUUCAUCAAGGGCCAACAUGUUCAGAACCAACGCAAAACAAAAUGGCGACGACCAAAAUGCCAAACUCGAGGCUUCAAAACGUCCACAAACCAACGCAUGGCCUCACAAUGAAUACGUUCACUUCUUAUAACCAGUUCAUGAAUUAUAGUCUUGAAUAUUAAAUACAUUAAGAAACUUCUUCUUCUACUUCUUCUUCUGUUGAUUUUUAAGGCGGUUGUCCUCCAUAAGAAGAAUAUAAUAUAUGUGCGUGAACAGUUAAAAUCACUCGCGGUGCCUGAAAAGUUGAUCCCCAGCACUGAUCCAGGACCAGCGUGUGAAAGAGAGCUUCAUGUUCAACGAAAGGGAAACGGUUCCUGAAUGUGCCUUUUUUUUUUUUAUACCACAACUAGAUCUGUACGAUUUUAAAAUGAGCUUUUAUUCUGAAAACCAAAGAACUGCGUUUGUGCCUGUCUUCAAAGAUCCUCUCCAGGUGUGUUUUCCAGGUGCCGAUUGGUCCGGUUCCCUCUCCUCUGUUCUCAUGACGGGACAGAAGUCGUCCUCGAGGAUUCAGCAGCUGGGCGGCUUCCUGUUUUUUUUGUUUUUUAGGAGUAAAUGUGAGUCUUUAUAAAGGACUUCGGUGAAUAAACGUGUAAAUUUAAUGGGGAAUGUUUUCCGUGUAACGUGUUUUGUUUUUUAAAAGAGAGCAACGAGACUUCAAUUCUGAAUCUUCAUCUGUCUGAAAUGUAAAAGGUUUUAUUUUUGUGACUUUGAUGUAUUUCGUAUUCUUGUUGUUUCAACGUGUCACCGGUCAGAGGUCUCAUCCUGUCAUCAGAGCCGGAGACCAAUAAAGUUUAUUCAAACACACAUA